CCAUUAACAAAAUCAGAUCCCUUGUUAGUUUUCAAACUCCAUGACCCUAGUUCCUACUUCCUACCAAAUAAAGAGAUACAAAAAACACUAUGGCUAGUAGUGAAUAUCAGGAAAUCAACGAGCCUCUUAUUCAGAAACAGAAGCUUAGUUACCAUGGCGGCUCCGGUUCCUCAUGGCCGGAAAUAUCACCGGAUACUUCGCCGGACGGCGAGAAUUCUCCAAUCGAACAGGUGGCGCUGACGGUUCCAAUCACAGACGAUCCCUCCCUACCAGUCUUCACGUUCCGCACAUGGAUCCUCGGAACUCUAGCGUGCGUUCUCCUCUCGUUCCUGAACCAGUUCUUCGGUUACAGAAAAGAACCGCUAUCGGUGACGGCGAUUUCGGCGCAGAUCGCGGUGGUUCCGGUGGGGCACUUAAUGGCGGCAACGUUGACGGAUCGGAAGUUCUGGAAGGGAACGAGAUUCGAGUUCACGAUGAAUCCAGGGAAAUUCAACGUGAAAGAGCACGUGCUGAUCACAAUCUUCGCGAGUUCUGGAGCUGCGAGCGUUUACGCGAUUCAUAUGGUGAGCUCGACAAUCGUGUUCUACAAGAAAGAGGUCUCGGUGGUGGUGGCGAUGAUGGUGGUUUUGACGACGCAGGUAUUGGGCUUCGGUUGGGCCGGGCUUUUUAGAAGGUACCUGGUUGAGCCCGCUGCUAUGUGGUGGCCGCAGAACCUUGUUCAGGUAUCGCUCUUCAGGGCGCUGCAUGAGAAAGAAGAGAGACCGAAAGGCGGUUUAACCCGGAACCAGUUCUUCCUCAUAGCAUUCAUUUGCAGUUUUGCUUAUUAUGUCUUACCAGGCUACUUAUUCCCAAUGUUAACUUCACUUUCAUGGAUGUGUUGGAUUUUUCCCAACUCCAUUGUAGCACAACAAAUAGGUUCAGGGUUACAUGGUCUUGGACUUGGUGCCAUUGGUUUUGAUUGGUCCAGCAUAUGUGCUUAUCUUGGUAGCCCUCUGGCUAGUCCAUGGUUUGCAACUGCCAAUGUUGCUUUUGGUUUUGCCACCUUCGUUUAUGGCAUUGUGCCCAUUGCUUAUUGGAUGGAUCUUUACAAUGCAAGAAGGUUUCCUAUAUUUUCUGAUGGUUUGUUCAUGUCUAAUGGUCAAGAAUAUAACAUCUCAACUAUUAUUGACUCCAAUUUUCAUCUUGAUAUGGAGGCUUAUGAGAGUGAGGGUCCUCUUUAUCUUAGCACCCUUUUUGCCAUGUCAUAUGGAAUUGGUUUUGCUUGCCUUAGUGCAACUCUUGUUCAUGUGUUGCUCUUCCAUGGGAGGGAAAUAUUGCAGCUAAGUAAGUCUGCCUUUCAAGAGAAGAAGAUAGAUAUACAUACUAAGCUCAUGAGGAAAUACUAUAAACCAGUACCUGAGUGGUGGUUUAUUUGCAUUCUUGUCAUCAACAUUGUUGCCACUAUAUUUAUAUGUGAGUAUUACAAUGAUCAACUCCAGCUGCCAUGGUGGGGUGUGGUGUUAGCCUGUGUUGUUGCCAUAUCAUUCACACUUCCAGUUGGAGUCAUUAGAGCCACAACAAAUCAGGCACCUGCUUUGAAUGUGAUAACAGAGUACAUAAUUGGAUACAUUUACCCGGGAUAUCCUAUUGCUAACAUGUUGUUUAAAGUGUAUGGCAAUGUUAGUAUGAAGCAAGCAAUUUUCUUCCUCCAAGACUUUAAGCUUGGUCAUUACAUGAAGAUUCCUCCUAGAGCUAUGUUUUUUGCACAGGUACUUGGCACCAUCAUAGCAGCAUUGGUGCACUUAGUAACAGCAUGGUGGCUUAUGAACUCUGUUCCAAACAUUUGCAACAGAGAGCUUCUUCCAUCAGGCAAUCCAUGGACAUGCCCCAGUGAUCACGUAUUCUACGACGCAUCCGUGAUCUGGGGCUUAAUAGGACCUCGGAGAAUCUUUGGAGAUCUUGGACACUACUCAGCCAUAAACUGGUUCUUCUUGUUUGGUGCAAUUGCUCCUUUCUUAGUUUGGUUAUCACACAAGGCAUUCCCAAGUAAACAAUGGAUUAGACUCAUAACUGUGCCAGUGAUUUUAGGAUCACUAAAUGAAAUGCCACCUGCUACAACAGUGAAUUAUUCUAGUUGGGUUCUUGUUGGAUUUGCAUCUGGGUUUGUUGCAUAUAGGUAUCACCGUGGAUGGUGGAUCAAACAUAAUUAUGUGUUGUCUGGUGCACUUGAUGCUGGGUUAGCAUUCAUGGGGGUUUUGUUGUAUUUGUGUUUGGGAAUGGAAGAUAUAAGCUUGAAUUGGUGGGGUGUUAAUUCUGAUGGAUGUUCAUUAGCUUCAUGCCCAACUGCUCAAGGUGUUCAAAUUAAAGGGUGUCCUCUUUACUAAGUGUUGUAGCAGUAAUCAAAUCUAUUUGCUGCGAUUUAUCUGUAAUGAAAACAUGAUGUAAAGAUUAAUAUUUCUAAAUAGAGACAGAAAAAGAAUUGAAUAUUUUUUAA